GCACCUCAAAUUCAGAGCUAAGAACAAACCAAACAAGCAAAGAGGAAGGGAGGACAGAGAGGUGUAUCGAAAUGACGAGGAAGAAGGUGAAGCUCGUGUGGAUUGCAAGCGACAAUGCAAGAAAAGCCAGUUUCAAGAAGAGAAGGCUCGGAUUGAUGAAGAAAGUGAGUGAACUCACUACUCUCUGUGGCGUUUACGCCUUUGCCGUCGUCUACGGCCCCGAUGACGACAAUCCAGUCAUCUGGCCGUCCCUCUCUGCUGCUCAACAUCUCUACCGUCGCUUCCAUAGCCUGCCGGAGGUCGAACGCCAGAAGAAAAUGACGAACCAGGAGACCUAUCUGAAGGAACGUACGGCCAAGGCGCAGGACCUGUUGAAGAAGCACAUGAAGAAGAAUCAGGAACUCGAAAUCGACCUUCUGAUGCACCAAUUGCAUCAAGGUCGUCAGAUUUACCAACUCUCCACUGAAGAAUUGCUCGGAUUGUUCUGGAUGGUCGAAGAGAAGAUGAGAGAAUGCCGAAAACGAAUCGAGUAUCAUCAACAGGUGCAUCGUCUUCAUCCUCCUCCUGGAUUUGUUUCUUCUAACACUCCUUUGCUUCCAACAGGAAGUAACGAGAUGGAUCUGGUGGAUAAUGGAAGGAAUUUAAUGGAUCAAUGGUUUAUUGAUAUGGUGAUGAACUCGAACGAUAAAAUCGGAGGCAGUAGUAGCAGUAUGGCAGGGGAGUUAGGGUUCCAAUCUGAAGGAAAUGUCGGAGGAAAUUCGAUGAUGGAGGUCGUCGAUUUGGGCGGAAGAACAACAAUUACUGCUGAGGGAGAUAUGGAUGAGAACAAUCUGCUCUGCGAUUGGAAUUUUGGGGGAACAGGUUGCGGGAUGAGCGAGAUUGAGAAACUUGUGAGCAACCUUGGUGGCGUUGACGACAAUGCAAGCCCUAUGGAUUUGGCUAAUCCGCAAGCGAACUACGGAAUAAUCGGUGACGGCGGCGAUGGAGCGAGCGUUGAAGCAGAGAUGAUGCUUCAUGGAUUAUUCGGAAGCGGAACCCGAAGCAGAAGCAGCAAUGGAACUGAAAAUGAGACUCUGAUCGAGAAAGUGAACGAAGAGGAGGAAGAAGAAGAAGAUGAAGAUGAUCUUCUCAACAAGGAAUGGCCAAACAACUUUACUCCAUGAACGCCUUGCUGUUUAAGGUCUGAAUACCUGUGGUGAUCUCAAUAAUGGAGGAUUUGGGUUCUGAAUCCAAUUUUCCUCUCAGGGUGUUUUUCCUUUUUUCUUUUUUUCCUUUUUUCUUUUUCUUUUUUAAUGUAUCUUUUGAUGUUAUGAACCCUGAAAUUACCUAAACCAAUAGGUUAGGGCUCAGUUUCUGGUCACCACCUCAAUCCUAAUCCCCCCCUUUCUAAAUGUAAACUAAUGGGAAAUAUUUAGUCUUAAUUAUGCAUUUCUAAGACAAAAGCUUCA